CAGAGAUUGGAUGCCAGGUCCGGUAAUGUCUUGGGGCAAACGGUCAUGUCUCAGCCGGGUCUAGCGCUGCUUGUUUUGGCGGCACGGCUCAGCAAACGCGCAGCCACAAGGUCCUGGACGCUCGUAAUCUUGAUAUUGAUGUUAAUUUACACCAAUCUCUCCCUUACAUCCCAUGGAUGCCUCUUCAUAGGUACGUGUGCCUGCUUUUUGCCACAAAGAAGAAAGAAACAGAGGCAAAACCCCCAGACGUAUGUAUAUUCUCACCCAUCUGGUCACUUUGAUAGGCGACAGGUACCCCCAAUCAUAGCUCCCGGCUCCCACAUAGCCGACCGAAAGGAAUGACAUGGGGAUGUUGCGGUAGGUUUGGUGAUGCGCCCGUUCCACAGCAUGCAUGCAAGCGAUAUUCGUCACCAUUCAGGAAGAAGCAUGCCCCGAUGCUCUGUCGCCACUCAAAUCUUUGUCGCAUCACAAUCGGCCCAACUUAGCAGGAGUCCUGGUCCGAGUGGUAUAUGGUGCAAUAUCAGAAGUGCUCUGGACAUUCGAUAUGCUCGGGGGACGCUCCCUCUGCGGCUGGUAGCUGAGUGCCACAAAUAUACUCCUUUGUACAUCAUUUGCUUCAUCUGGAAAAAGUAAUUUGAUAGAACAUCAGCGGCCUAGAUCACCCCAUUGGUCCCCGGAAAACGCAAGGAGGUGAGUGGUCUGGAAUAGAGCGUCGCAAGAUGGGGAGAAAAAAAGCAAAGAGAGAGAAAAGAAAAGCAAUCUGUGUGAGGCGCUGAUAAGACAGCUCUCC